CGUCACACGGUCAGUAAACAGCAUGGCGGCGUCCGUGCAGCGUUUCAGCGCAGCUGGGAGAAGCCUUGUUAAGAAUUUAUUGAAUACAAGAGCUGUUAACAGGAUCACAGCUGGGUCCAAUCGGCACAGAUCCACUCAAGCUGUCAGUCACGUGGUUCUGAACGUACCUGAGACGAAUGUCACGACCCUCGAGAACGGGCUCAGGGUUGCGUCUGAAGAUUCGGGACUGUCCACGUGCACGGUUGGUCUAUGGAUUGAUGCUGGUAGCCGGUAUGAAAAUGAACGAAACAAUGGCACAGCCCACUUCCUGGAACACAUGGCAUUCAAAGGCACCAGGAAGAGGUCACAGCUUGACCUGGAGUUAGAGAUCGAGAACAUGGGAGCUCAUCUCAACGCUUACACUUCUAGAGAGCAGACCGUGUACUACGCUAAAGCUUUCUCCAAAGAUCUGCCCAGAGCGGUGGAGAUACUGGCCGACAUCAUUCAGAACAGCAUGCUGGGAGAGGCAGAGAUCGAGCGGGAGCGUGGAGUGAUCCUCAGAGAGAUGCAGGAGGUGGAGACCAACCUGCAGGAAGUUGUCUUUGAUUAUCUGCAUGCUACAGCCUAUCAUGAGACACCACUGGGUAGAACCAUCCUGGGUCCUACAGAAAACAUCAAAUCGAUAAAUCGAGCAGAUCUGGUGGAAUACAUCACAACACACUACAAGGGUCCAAGAAUUAUAUUAGCAGCAGCUGGAGGUGUGUCACAUAAUGAACUUAUUGAUUUGGCCAAAUAUCAUUUUGGGAAGCUGCCAGCCAGAUACAGUGCAGAUGCAUUACAACCCUGUCAUUUCACUGGAAGUGAGAUUCGUGUAAGAGAUGAUAAAAUGCCUUUGGCUCAUAUCGCCAUCGCCGUGGAGGCCGUCGGGUGGUCACAUCCAGACACCAUUCCACUGAUGGUGGCAAACACGCUCAUAGGGAACUGGGACCGUUCACUUGGCGGUGGGAUGAAUUUGUCCAGUAAGUUGGCGCAGAUGGCAUGUCAGGGGAACCUGUGCCACAGCUUCCAGUCCUUUAACACCUGCUACACCGAUACAGGCCUGUGGGGUCUUUACAUGGUGUGUGAGCCGGGAACCGUCAGCGAGAUGAUUCGCUUCACUCAGCUGGAAUGGAUGUCUCUGUGUACGAAUGUGACGGACAGUGAGGUGAACAGAGCUAAAAACCUGCUCAAGACAAACAUGCUGCUGCAUCUGGACGGGUCAACACCUAUCUGCGAGGACAUCGGCAGGCAGAUGUUGUGCUACAGUCGCAGGAUUCCUCUACACGAGCUGGAGGCCAGAAUAGACGCUAUAGAUGCCACGACGAUCAGAAGCGUGUGUACAAAAUACAUCUAUAAUAAAGUUCCUGCUAUUGCAGCUGUUGGUCCGAUUGAACAACUGCCAGACUAUAACAGGAUCCAGAGCAGCAUGUAUUGGUUAAGAUCAUAGAGAUUCUGCUAACUCAACUCAACCCGUACGCGUCUGUCCAUUCACAAAGUUACAAACCACCAGUAUUUAAUAUCAUGUGAUUUUACCUGUUUAUUUUAUUAUAAAAUAAAGAACAACACAAUAAAGUUA